AUGUCAACAUCCCAUAACCUCACCACACCAUCUUUGCUCCCACUCGCUGAGUUCUUCCCAUCCGGAGACAAUGCUAUGUUCCAUACUCGCAGCGAGCCGUCGAUCGAACAAGUGAUGAUCUGCUCUCCGUCGGGCCGUUGUAUUACGUUGGUGACAGGUUUGAUGAUUUUGAAGUCGGUUGCAAUGACACAGAGACCUUUCGUGCCACCUGGGGCGCAACUGAUAGCCCCGCUUGCAGCAGCCGUGUUUGAGAAUUCCCGCAGUGCACCCCCAUCCAUUGCGCCUGCAUCCUCCACUGUCUCUCAACGGCAAACUAUGCAUUCCCCUGCGCAGACUACACCUUUUUCACUAGCCGCUCCCGUGUUUAACUCGCAAGGCAGAGCGGUCCCAAUCAAUGACCGCCGUUCGAGAAUUCAAGGGGAGCAUAUGAGGCUUUAUGAGCAACCAGAUCAGCAGGGAUACGAAAGCUCACGAACAGCGUAUGAGUCUCCACUGCAGCGCACUGCUUAUCCAUCCGGUUAUGACGGUCAGAGCGCGACAUCUAGCGCUUUCCAGGAACCAUAUCCACCUGCUGGACAAUAUAGCAGUCAGCCAACUACUUCUAGUCAAUACCAGCAUCCGUCUUCAUCUCACCAAUAA